AUGGUCGACCGCCACACGCCGCUCGAGUGCCUUUCCCCUCCACUGCUCGAGACGCUUCCGGAACAAUGCCAGCAGUUGAAACGCGGGUUCCGCGACUGCAAGCGCGGAAUGGUCGACAUGAGGAAACGGUUUCGCGGCAACGCGCCCAUCUCGACGAGCGUCGAGCUCGAAGGCUCAGGAAAGAAGCCCGCUCAGCUAUAUGGCGGCAAACCGGCGUUCGAUGUUGUGGACGGCAUGAAGAAGGAGCAGAGGGGUGAGGUCCAGGGGCUCGGGUUCGACGAGAGCAAAACAAGAGGUCUAUGA